GUCUUUGAAGAUAAAAAAUGGAGAUAUUAGCAUUAGUAGAAUAUUUAAUAGAGCCUUACCAUAAAUUAUUAAAGUUUUAUAAGAAUUCAGAUAAAUUACAGUCCUUAGUAAGAUUUAAAUAAACUUUGAAUUGAUAACAAUUUAUUAGUUUUAUGAAUUAUUGUAAUAUAAAAACAACUAGAAGAAGUAGCUUUUGUAUUACCUACUAAUCAGCUGAGCAAAUAAUACAUCAUAGAAGACAAAGUUGUUGUUGUAAAUAAUGUGGAAACCUUAGUUUAUUCUAAAAAUUACAUUCUCAUAUUUUCUGCCCAGUUUAAGAACAUGUAAAACGAUAAAGAAAUACAAGUCAUUCAAGUGCUAACACAAAUUUAGAUGUAUCAAUAGAAUUAAUCUAACCUGAUUAAAAGUUACCAUUUCUUAGAGGUUAACUCAAAUUGAUUAGUCUACCUCCAAAUUAUGAUUAAUUAAUUAAGACGAUUAAAUAAAAACGAAGAAGGCAUAGUUGCCAUUGUAAUGAAUGUGGUCAUCUAAGCAAGUUUUAAGUAAAAACUCAAAAUCUUUAUAUUGAGAAGUAUCAACUAAUGAAGAAAUAAUUUCGAAUAAAAUAAAUUAAUAGAAAAAAUAAAAAUAAAACAUAAACCUUGAUUGAGACUGAUAAUCCUGUAAAUCUACACUUGAAUUCUCCUAUGAUGAAAUAUUCAAAAUAUUCAAGAACUGCUAAAUUGAUAUUGGAGCAAAACCAAAUUAAGAAUUUUUCAAGAGUUUGUACAGAAAUAAAUAUAUGCAAUUCUAAAAAUAAAUCUUUUUUACCAUCUCUAAACAUUCCCAAAACCUUUCGUACUUAACUCUUUUGA